AUUCAGCUUUCUGUUCUUCUCCUUUAGUCUAAUUGUAGCCUGGAGGACACAGUCGCCUUAUUCUGGGUCUUGUGAGGAGGUGAAUGGGCUUCUGGAACGGUGCUUUGUUCAGAGCAAUUAUGCAACAGAAAAGCAUGUGUGGUCUGGUCUAAUUAUAGCCUGGCGGACACAGUCGCCUUAUUCUGGGUCUUGUGAGGAGGUGAACGGCUUCUGGAACGGUGUUGCUUAGAGCAAUGACGCAACAGAAAAGCAUGUGUGGUCUGGUGAAGCGCUGCUUUCCCAAAAGAAAGCCAAACCUCUCUCCAAAGACUCUCCUGGUAAUCCUGAUAAUCAUCUUCAUCCUUGUCCAUUUAGGAUACAAGUCUCCUAAAGUUUAUUUUGACCGGAUCGGGACCGGAGCAGAAAAGGAGAUUGUUCAGCAGCUUCAUGAUGAACAGCAACCUGACUUUCCUCUUGGAACUACACAUGUUACACCGAGUUCUACACCAAACGCUUUGCCAAGUGCUGAACCACACCUAACGGCAUGUGGUGUGCCGGUGCAGAAUGGUCCCAUGAUUAAAGUUGCUCACCACAAAGCCUAUGUGAUCGGUUCCUAUGUGGAGCACCGUUUAAGCAGUAAAAUGAUACAAACAGUUGCUAUAGUGUUUCGUAGUGAAGAAGUGCAAUACUACUGCUUAUUAUGUUGCGAUGGAAGGAACAUUUCUGCAGCUGCCAGCCUCGACAUUCACUAACAUGCAAAACACCAGCGUUUGUGGCUAUUACUUCCCAAAUACAUGAAGGAAAUGGAUCUCUAUGGAAUAUACAAUCCUUCCAACCUGUUGGGAAUCAACAGCCCAGGACAGAAAACUUCCCUUAUGCUUUUACAGUAUGUAUAUCUGUAAUGUAUGAUUACAUGAAUGUGUUGGGGCUUGUGCAGGCCAUGGAGAUGUUCAAGCUGCUUGGUGUUCAGAAGGUAGCCAUUUACAAGAUCAAUUGUCAUCUAGAUACGCAGAAGGUUCUGGACUACUAUGUUAGGCAAGGCUUUGUGGAAAUCAUCCCAUGGACUGUGUCGUCCUACAUCAAGGUGUCCAGGGGAUGGAAGAAGUCUGAUUCACCAGGAGAACUGCAUUACUUUGGGCAAAUUGCAGCUCUCAAUGACUGUGUGUAUCGUUACAUGUAUGAGAGUCAAUAUGUAGCUCUACAAGAUUUGGAUGAGCUAAUUCUUCCUUUGAAAGAAGAUAACUGGACAACACUCAUUCCUCAUCUGGAGGAGAUUUACCAACAUCAUGCAGGAUUUGAGUUUGAGAAUAACAUAUUUCCCAUUUCCCUUUCCAGUAAUAAGACACCUGAGAAUACACCAGAUUUAUGGAAACAGUUUGAGGGAGAAAACAUGUUACCACAUGUAUACAGGAUACCAAAUGACCCAAAUGAGUUCAACAAUUUCAAAGUCAUUAUGAAUCCCCGGUUAGUGUUUAAACCUUCAGUACAUGGCCUUUUGGAUUCCAUCGGUGGUACUGUCAGGGUGGACCCCAAAAUCGCCCGCAUGUACCACAUUAAAAGUUAUCCAAGUAAAUACUUUUCACCGGAAUCCGUUAUAAGGGAUACACAUCUGUGGGACUAUGCAGAUAAGCUGAUUCCUGCUGUAUCUGAAGUACUUAGACAAGCACUGAAUAUUCAGUGAAAUCAACUGUAUAAUGAAGUCACACUUGAACCAACAAUGCUCAGAGCUUCUUACGAUUUAAUCAUAGUACAGAUAUGUGUGAAAAUGUAGCAUACAGAGUCCUGCCCGAGACUUUUAUUGGUGUCACAUGGUGUGCUUGCCAGACAGGAUGGCCCAAUCUGCUGUGUGAAGGACGUUAAAAUUACCAAAGACACUAGUCUUUGUUUUUUGGGUUUUUUUGCAUAUGUCUUAUGUAUAAGGGUAAUUUUUAUCAUGGUGUUAAGAGAAGGGAGCGGUUUAUUUUUGCUGGCAAAAGUGACACUCAGGGAGUUUGUAUUGCCAAGAAGCCUUUGCAUUUCUUUCAGUUUAUUCUAUGCAAAAACACUACUGUUAUAUUUUUAAGUUUAUUUGCACCUUAAUCUUUAUAUAGUAACUGCCACUACUUCCAGCUUCCAAAGCCAGUUGUUAAUAUUACCCAAUAGAGUGUUUGGUUUUGAGCAUUAACAACAUUGCUGUUGGAAGAGCAGUAAAAAAUAAUUUGAGGAACUUUUUUUUUUGUUUGUUUACAACAGCGUGUAAACAGCUUUUUUGUUUACAACAGUUUGUAAAGUCAAAUUAAGUGCUUUUGUACUUUGUAAUAAUCAAUUAGUAGUUUAAAAUUCAAUAAGUUAUUAAGCCACGAAUUCUGUUUACACUUCAUGUCUGUGCACAUCUGCCAAUCAUUAUUCUCCUGAUCAUUUUGCAACUGACAGCUUCCAGGACAGAACAGGUUUUACAAUAACAAUUACUCUAAAUUUAUUGUUAUUUUUAUUUUUGUAUUCAUAGCUGUUUUAAAAUGCCUUUGUAUAUUGUUAUAACCAAUAAAUACAAUGAGAUUGAAUAAGGAAUCCAACAAAGGAAUCCAAGAAGGAUAAAUGGGUAUUAAAAACAACUGGCUAAAUUACUUUUAUUAGGUAGACUGUCUUAGUGAAAAGUGCAUCUUUUAUAGAAUAUAUAAAAUUGUGUGUAUAUACUGUAUAUUUUCUAAACCUAGCAUAGCAGGAAGAUGAAACUUGCAGAAGUAUGUUUCAUAUUUUGUAUAUGCAACAUUUUUUCCCUCGGUAUGGUUAAUUCAGCAAAUGAAUAGAAUUAGAGUGCUAAAGUUUGCAGGAGAUGCCAUGUUUACGUUUUUUUCAAUAAAGAAUGUAUACCUA